AUGGUUAAUAUAACAUUGUUUGUUAAGGCCGGUGCCGAUGGCCAACGUUACGGUGCCUGUCCUUUCUGUCAUCGAUUGUUUAUGCUAUUGUUGGUCAAAGCCAAGCACAGGCCUGAGCUCAGAUUUCGUGUAGUUACCGUAAAUCUGGCCAAACCACCCGAAAUAUUCCGGCAAAACACGCUAACACGUGUGCCGGCACUUAUCGACUGUCAAGUAGUAGAUGACUGUCAUACCGAUGCUGCCGGCGAUACUGUAGCCGUCGAUACUGUCGACGAUAUUAUCGAACACUUGGAUACCCGAUAUCCGACACCUGAGCUCAUGUAUGCCAACGAAGAAGUGGCGGACAGUGCGUGCAAUCGUUUGUUUCAGAAAUUUUGUUUCUAUAUCAAAGAUAUGGCUACCGGUGCCGAUAGUACCGGCCUGACUGGUGAACUACAUAAGCUUGACGACUAUCUUGGGCAACAAAAACAAAACAACAGUAGCACUGCUGGUGGUGGUACAUACCUGUGCGGUACGCGACUAACAUCGCUGGACAUUGAAAUGUGGCCAAAAUUACAUCACAUUCGUGUGGCGGCCGGUUAUCUCAAAGAUUAUGUCAUACCGGCCCGGUUUGCACACGUAUGGAGCUAUAUGGGCGAGGGUUAUAAGCAGCGGGCGUUUGUCGACUCCUGUCCCGCGGAUCAGGAAAUUAUAUUUCAUUGGGCCGAUCGACCCGAAACACCCAAUCUGACUGCUGAACAAAAUGCCCAGUUAGCCAAACAGGAGCCUCGCUAUAGUAUUGAUAUACCUAACUAA